AUCACAAUCAGAGCCAGUAAGGAGGACUUGAUGGCAGAGAAGACAGGUCUGCUGCCAAGUCUCCUGGGAUGCAGGGUGGAGGACUGAGAGGGUGGGGGAGUGGGAUGAUCAGGUAAACAACCUAUCCACGGUGGGUUGUUUGCAUGAUUGUGUGGUGGGUGUGCUAACCACCCGGGGGAGAUGUUUGCAAAACAAUCCUCCCUGUGUGGCUAGUCACUCACCAUGGCUUAAGCAUCCUAUUCCAAGUUUAAUAGACAUCUCUCUCUCCAGUUGCACCAACUUAUUAAUUAGAAUCUUAAAUCAUAUUUGUGUAAUGAUUUGGGGUUGUGCAGGCAGAGUGAAAUUUUGUUCCCUAGUGGCAUAAAAUGGCAGAAUAUGUAUUUGGCAGAGGAUAAGGUGGGAUCAAGUGAGUAGAAGGCAGUAAUUCAUGUAGCCUGUUAGUUCUAAUCCAAAAUAUUGAAACGGGGGAAUUAGAGGAACAAUAUGUUUUGUGCAUUGCAAACAAAAAUGCUUCCCCCCCUCCCCCAGAUUUUUUCAAAUACUUCUGGUACUUUGGCUGACAAACAGAUGGAACCUACUUCUGGGAUGCAGAUGUUUGAUUUGGAUAAAAAGGCUCGUUGCAUUACUGGCAUACAUCCAGAUGUAGAGGUGAUAUCUGACUGUCACAGAGCUGUGACUUGUCUGAGGCAUGACUGUACUAUCAGAAAGAAUAGCAAGAAAAGUCAUAAUCCUCUUCAAGAGGACUUGCAACCAUGGGGACUUGGUACUCAUAGGCAUUUGUUUGAAGGUUCCACUCUAGAUACUGGAAGGUAUCUGAAGAAGCCUCACUAUACUGUGGAAGAGGGAGUUCAGAGAGAGGAACGAGAGAAAUACAAGCAGCUGCUAGAGCAAGAAAAAGAAAAGAGUCCUAAAAAUCACUCCACUCCUACAAUACCAAAGCACUUGGAUGUCCAAGGUUAUGCCCAUGGAUCUUUAAGGACUGCUCACUAUCUGGAAAUAGAUGUCCCUUCAUUUGAGACACCAAGAAAUGGUGUCAGAAACUUUGGUCCCCUGUGCUCUAGAAGAGAUUUAAACAGGCCAAUGACAGUAGCAGAAAGAUCUUCAGAAUCCAAAAGGCUAGGAGUACAGAAAAAAGAGAGUAUAACGCAGUCCUUGGCAAAUGACCUAUCGGCAGAAGUGUCACUUAGGUUAAACCUGAGUCAGGAAGGAUCUUCGUUCAGAAGGCGCUCUCUAGUUAAGACAGAAGAACAGAAAUGUCUGAGCUUGGACAAGGCUUCAGAGUGUCUUCCUGACCUUACAGAGGAGAUGGAGAGAGAGAUAGCAAAUGUGCUGAGCUAUGGCCAAGAUGAUGAAAUUUUGACUAAUGCCUUCAAGCUGAACAUUACGCGUGGAGACAUUCAGACUCUAAGAAACCAGCAGUGGCUCAAUGAUGUGGUUAUUAACUUCUAUAUGAAUCUUCUGGUGGAGAGAAAUAAAAGGCCAGGAUUUCCAGUUCUUUAUGCUUUCAGUACUUUCUUCUACCCCAAGCUAAAUUCUGUAGGCUAUGAUUCAGUAAGAAGAUGGACCAAAGAAGUGGAUUUGUUCCAACAUGAUAUGAUCUUGGUGCCUAUUCAUAUCAGGGUACAUUGGGCAUUAGUGGUUAUAGACAUGAGGAGAGAGACCAUCAAAUAUUAUGACUCAAUGGGACAAAAUGGCCACAGGAUCUGUAUAAGAUUGCUGCAAUAUCUGCAGGAGGAAAGCAAAUCCAAGAGAAACCUGGACAUUAAUGUUUCAUCAUGGACACUUUACAGUGUGAAACCACAUGAAAUUCCACAACAGUUGAAUGGCAGUGACUGUGGAAUGUUUACUUGUAAAUAUGCAGAAUUUAUCUCCAGGGAUAAACCCAUUGAAUUUACACAGCGUCAUAUGCCUUACUACCGCAAAAGAAUGGUCUGGGAGAUACUUCAUCAGCAGCUGCUUUGACACCAGGCUUAUGGCAUAGGUGCACUUGCACAAUAUCUUCACUGGAUGACAAAGAAGUUGUGUGUAAACUGUCUAGUACCUGUAUCUCUCUGAAGGCUAAGUAACCUCUUGUCUCAUCCCCAUUUCCGGGAUGGAGAAUAUGCCUGUUGAAGAGCAAGUAUUUGAUCCUGAAACUCUCCCUUCAAAGGGAUAAAACAUGAGUUAAGAAAGGAAUUCAUUAGAGAAAGCUUCUGGUACCAUGUUAGCGAAAGGCUGUCAAAGAAAAGUGGUCUUCUUUUGAAUAUUAGAUGAACAAGGAGUGACCUCAGUGACAUGAAGAAAGUAUGUAUCCCCAUCUUUACAAGGGCUAUGCAUUACUUAUGGCAGGGGUAGGCAACCUAAUGCCCUCUAGAUGUUUUGAACCACAAGUCCCAUCAGUCUGAGCCAGCAUGGCUAAUGGUUGGGGAAUAUAGGAGUUGUAGUCCAAAACAGCUGGCGAGCACCCAGUUGCCUACCCCUGAUCUAUGGUUUGAAGGCAUUGGGUUGGAUUCAGACUUAAGUCAUGCUUUCAGUAAACUCUGUGAAAUCAUGACUAAGUUGUCCUGUAGCUUUUAAUGAGUCGAGUCUAGCAGGAAUAGGUCUGGAUUGAAUUCGUUUGCUCCAGUAGGGGAACAUGCUACAGGCUCCUAUGCCAGUUCCCAUCUUCAUUUCUGGGUUUAUCUAAUCAUGCAUUGCUAGGGCAUCUGCUCUAGGCAGUGCUUUGUUAGACCCCAGAAUAGAGGAGGGAAUUGGUGUGCAAGGUCAGAGAAGGGAGUAUGUUAAUCCAUGGCAUGUUUCUGAUCCUCCAACCCAAGACGUUCUCUGUUGGAAAGUGGAAAGCUCCCCCCCCUCCCUAAAACUGGAUUUAUAGCGAUUUGGAAAGAUGCUUCCUUUGGAUUUGUAACAAAUCCAUUGUAAAAUCCUUUAACGGGGAUUAGUCUUUAUUUAACAGAAUUAUAAUUUUGUAUGAGACUAUUUAUUUGCAUUCUUGUAUUUAAAUGCACAUGUGUUUGAAUGCGGAGAUACUUCCAUUGACUGAAAAAAAGGAAAUAUUUUUUUGUCUAAUAAACGUGGUUUAAAUUAAUGUGA